AUGUUGGUUGUUCGGUCCCUUGCAGACAGCUUGGUUCAACCAUUGCGACGAAAUUUUGGCAGAAACGGGGGUGUCGAUGGAUCUUCGCAAUGUGGUGAAGGAGUACAUGGCGGUCCAGAUCUUUCAUUCAAAGAAUCUACUAUUAAAACAGCCUGGCAAAAAUCUGGAAUCAACCCACUGAAUCCAGAGAUAUUUAGUGAAGCAAAUUUCGCACCUAGUAUUGCAAGUUCCACCAGAAUGCAGCUUCCUGCUUCUUACCCCACACGACUUCCUCAUGGACCAGAUAUUGCCUCCUCUGAUGCUGAAUUCAAUGGCAAAGUACUUGAGGGAAGAGAAAGGAGAAGAAACGAAAGAGGCAGUGAUUCUGAUUACCGCACUGAUGAAUCAUCAUCGGAAUUAUCUGAUGAGUCCGACGAUUCAGAAGAACCUUCUUGUCAUCGUUCAUUAUCUUCUCCACAGGACAGAGAUGUCAAUACGCAGUCUACACCACUGACUCAAAGCCACCAAAUCAGUAAUCAACAGGCCAAGCGUGAUGCAGCAACUGUAUACGCUGUUUGCUCCGGUCAAGAGGCUUCAAUUUACAAACAUCGUUUGAAUAGCCGCCCAAACAAAAAGGACACAUCAAAGAGAUUCCCCAUCUUGGCACGCGUGGUUACUUCGAGGGAUGGGAGGAUUCAGGCAAAGGAGGAUGAUGUUCGUAGGCAGGCAAAGGUGCAAGCUGACGAGAAAAGGGCUCGAAAGAAGAAGGACAAGGAGAGGGAUGAUAUUAUUUGCCGUGCUGCUGAGGAGAAGGAGGGCACUGAGUUCGAAGGCUCUCUCAACUCAAAAAACAAAACCAAGCUCGAGGAUAUUGCAUUUUCUCUGGGACUCGAUAUUGAUGCCACGGCAAUUGUACUCAAAAUACGAAUUGAUGUGCAUUUCAACGCUACACCAUCAUUGAAGCAGGAUCCUCGAUAUAUGGGUCUUUUUACUCGCAAAUGGAAGCACGCUCCAGUUCUCAGUGAGAAUGAUGAUAUUCGGCCUUCAUCGAGUUGGCGGCUGUUGUCAGCAAACCCUCAAUCCCCAUCGCCGUCUUCUUAUUUCCUGCAUCAUUGCUCCCAUUCUCCACCAUCACACUAUCAUUCACCUUCCCCGUUACUUAAUUCUAACUUCCCGCACCGCCAAUUUGGCUCUACUGUCAAUAAUCUCAUAUCAUCAUUGUCUUCCACUCAUCUGAGCAACAAUGCUUUCCCUCCGUCCUCUUUCCCUCACUACAAUCUCAAUAUGUCACCUACUCCGAUUAUACCUCGACCUAGACCAAUACCUUCACAACCUCAUUCCAGUACAUCUACUGCACCUCAUACCUCUUCCUUCCCUCAUAUGUACAUACCCUCUUACCACCAUCCCUUUACCUCACAUUAUGAUACUCACUUAAGUACAUAUUCUCAGCCAGAGACCCCUUCGAAUAAUACAUGA